AUGUUCUUUAUUUUGGCAAGACACGUGGGAGAGAAUGGGAAGGACAAGCAGCCUCUUUCCCUUCCUUUUUGGUCUAGCUAUGCUGCAGUUUCUCACUGGGUUUUUGGAGCGCCUCUGUGUAAAAUAGUCAGUGGAUUUUACCACAUUGGUUUCUACAGUGGCAUUUUUUUCUUAACAAUUAUGAGCAUUGACAGGUUUCUGGCAAUAGUUCAUGCAGUAACUGCUAUGAAAUUUAGGUCAGCAAGCCAUGGUGUCUUUGUGAGUGCCGCUGUAUGGGCAGUAAGUUUCUGUGCCUCACUCCCUACAAUUGUAUUCAGUCAAGUGAAAAAUGAAUCUGGACUAUCAACAUGCAAUUCUGAGUAUCCGGAAGGGCAGAAUGUGAAAUGGAAACUGAUUAAUAAUCUUGAAGUGAACAUAUUAGGCCUUCUUCUUCCAUUUUUCAUUAUGGUGUACUGUUAUUCAAGGAUCAUUCAAACAUUACGAGUGUGUAGGAGUUACAAAAAGGAGAAAGCAGUCAGGCUCAUUUUCAUUGUGGUAAUCGUGUUCUUCCUGUUUUGGACUCCAUACAAUAUUGUUAUUUUUAUGAAGUCGUUACAAAUUUUUGAUUUUUUUGGGGAUUGUGAUUCAAGCAAUAAUUUGGAAAUUGCGAUGCAGUGUACUGAAACUUUAGCGUUCGUCCACUGUUGUUUGAAUCCAGUGAUCUAUGCUUUCGCUGGCCAGGAGUUUAAAAAAUGUGUUAGGAAAAUGCUUUAUAAAUUGACAUCAUAUUGUUUUGCUUGUACACAGUGUAAAAUGCUUAGCUCUGCAAUAUCAGAGCCUAUGAGUUCAACCUAUUCAAGAUCAAGCGGAGAACCUUGUGUCACCACAGUUCUAUAGAAUUGACAUUCUGUAGAGGUAAAAAGCCAAGGCAACUCCCUGAGGAAUCCCAAUCAAAAACAGGCAGCUUUGCACAGCCAGGAUGUCAACCUGCUAUCCUCUGACUGUGUGACCCUGCACACCAAUAUGAUGCUGUCGUAGCCUGGACACAUAUUGAUUUUGCUGAUUAUUUCUUGUGGCUGCGCAAGGAC